ACUUCACAGCUCUUGACUUUACUCCUCCCCCUCUCCCGUUUUCACCUAUCACCUCAUCUCUCCCCACAUUGACUCCUUCCCUUCCUUUCCAGUCCUGUUCUUCAGGACUGGAUUUGGGAUCUCGGUCUGAAACGCCGACAGUUCACUCCUCUCCAUAGUUGCUGCCUGCCCCCCUCAGUUCCUCCAGCAUCUUGUGCGUGUGUUGCUUCAGAUUUCCGCAGCUGCAGAUUUUCUGCCGUUUAAAUCAAUGCGCAUGCGUGGUCGUCGCGACCCGUUUCCCGAAUAACGCGCAUGCGUUGAGUAGACGAACGGCUCCCAGCAUGUGGACGUAGGUUUGAAAUGGCAGAACACUUAUGUACGGGAAUCUCAAACACAACAACACAUCAGUUUUGCUGACUCUGUCUGGAUAUUUAAGGAGUGACCAGAUAUUUUCUUUGCAACACCAACACAUCUGCUGUCGAUCCUUGGAGAUGAAGAAGUAUCUCAUCCCAGCUGGUAAUGUAUUCUGUGUCUGAAAUGAAGUUUUCUGCUUUAACUCAGGGAAAUUCACUGGAACCGCGAGCUGAGAACACACUAGCAUUUGGUCACUGGAGAUCAACUGCAUUGAUUGUAUAAGGGAUUCAAGCAUCUGACUUUCUGAAUUGCCAGAGAAUUGAUCACAGUGAGUUAUCAUUCUCCUUCUCUCAGAGUGGGAAGGGAUUCACUCACAGUCUACCCGCAGACAUGCCAGUGUGUUCACAGUGAGUAGAAGCCAUUCAUCUGCUCUGUGUGAGGGAGGGGAACCAUUCAGUCAUCCAGUCUGAAAAUACAUCAGCAAGUUCAUAGUGAGAUGCUCCACCUGUUCUGCAAGUGGAAAGCCGUUCUGUUAUUGUGGUAAUGGUAUAUUAGAAAAUUCACCAGUGAGAGGACAUUGACCUGCUCAGAAAGUGGGAAGGCUCUCAAACAUGCCACAGUGACACCGGGGAGAAGCCAUUCACCUGCUCCGAAUGUGGGAAAGGAUUCACUCAAUCAUCUCAACUGAAUGAACAUCAGUGAGUUCACACUGAAAAGAUGCCAUUCACCUGCUCAGACUGUGGGAAGGGAUUCACUCAAUCGUCCACACUGCAUAGACACAAGAGAGUUCACACUGGGGAGAGGCCGUUCACCUGCUCAGACUGUGGGAAAGGAUUCAUCCAGUCAAAUCACCUGCUGCAACAUCAGUCAGUUCACGCUAGGGAGAGACCGUUCUCCUGCUCAAACUGUGGGAAGGGAUUCACUCAGUGUUCUGACCUACAGAGACACCAGCGAAUUCACACUGGAGAGAAGCCAUUCACUUGCUCUGAAUGUGGAAAAAAAUUUGCUCGGUCAUCUGCACUGAAGUUACAUCAGCGAGUCCACAAUAGGGAGACACCAUUCACCUGCUCAGACUGUGGGAAGGGAUUCACUCACUCGUCUCAUCUACAGAGACACCAGCGAGUUCACACUGGAGAGAAGCCGUUCACCUGCUCUGAAUGUGGAAAGGGAUUUGCUCAGUCAUCUCUACUGAAGUUACAUCAGCGAGUCCACAGUAGGGAGAGGCCAUUCACCUGCUCAGACUGUGGGAAAGGAUUCACUCAAUCGUUCGACCUACAGAGACACCAGCGAGUUCACACUGGGGAGAAGCCGUACACAUGCUCUGAAUGUGGGAGAGGAUUUGCUCGGUCAUCUCACCUCUUGAAACACCAGCAAAUUCACACUGGGGAGAAACCAUUCAUCUGCUCAGAAUGUGGGAAGGGAUUCAUGGAUUCAUCUAAUCUGAAAGAACAUAAGUUUGUUCACACUGCGGAGAGACCGUUCACCUGCUCAGACUGUGGGAAAGGAUUCAUUCGGCAUUCUCAUCUACUGACACACCAGUUAGAGCACACUGGCGAGAAACCUUUCAGCUGCUCAGAAUGUGGGAAGGGAUUCACCCAUUCAGCUCAACUGAGGGAACAUCAGCGAGUCCACACUGGGGAAUGGCCAUUCACCUGCUGUGAAUGUCAGAAGGGAUUCACUUGGCAAUGUCAACUGAUUGAACAUCAGCGAGUUCAUAGCGGGGAGAAGCCGUUCACCUGCUCUGAAUGUGGGAAGGGAUUUGCCCGGUUAUCUCAUUUGAAGGAACAUCAUAAACUUCACACUCGGGAAAGGCCAUUCACAUGCUCUGAAUGUGGGAGGGGAUUUGCUUGGUCAUCUCACCUCUUGAGACACCAGCAAAUUCACACUGGAGAGAAACCAUUCAUCUGCUCAGAAUGUGGGAAGGGAUUCACCGAUUCAUCUCAUCUGAAAGAACAUCAGUUUGUUCACACUAGGGAGAGACCGUUCACCUGCUCAGACUGUGGGAAAGGAUUCAUUCGACAUUCUCAUCUACUGUCACACCAGUUAAAUCACACUGGAGAGAAACCAUUCAUCUGCUCAGAAUGUGGGAAGGGAUUCACCCAUUCAGCUCAACUGAGGGAACAUCAGCGAGUCCACACUGGGGAAUGGCCAUUCACCUGCUCUGAAUGUCCAAAGGGAUUCACUUGGCAAUCUCAACUGAUUGAACAUCAGCGAGUUCAUAGUGGGGAGAAACCUUUCACCUGCUCUGAAUGUGGGAAGGGAUUUGCCCGGUCAUCUCAUCUGAAGGAACAUCAGAAACUUCACACUCGGGAGAAGCCAUUCACAUGCUCUGAAUGUGGGAAGGGUUUUUCUCGUUCAUUUCAACUGAAGGUACAUCAGCGAAUUCAUACUGGGGAGAAACCUUUCAGCUGCUCUGAAUGUGGGAAGGGAUUCACCCAUUCAGCUCAACUGAGGGAACAUCAGCGAGUCCACACUGGGGAAUGGCCAUUCACCUGCUCUGAAUGUCAGAAGGGGUUCACUUGGCAAUGUCAACUGAUUGAACAUCAACGAGUUCAUACUGGGGAGAAGCCGUUCACCUGCUCUGAAUGUGGGAAGGGAUUUGCCCGGUCAUCUCAUCUGAAGGAACAUCAGAAACUUCACACUGGGGAGAGGCCAUUCACAUGCUCUGAAUGUGGGAGGGGUUUUGCUCGUUCAUUUCAACUGAAGGUACAUCAGCGAAUUCACACUGGGGAGAAACCUUUCAGCUGCUCUGAAUGUGGGAAGGGAUUCUGUGAGUCAUCCAAACUUGUGUGGCACUACCGAAUUCACACUAGAGAGAAACAGUUCACCUGCUCAGAUUGUGGGAAGGAAUUCACUCGGUCAUCUGACUUAAAAAUACAUCAGCAAAUUCACACUGGGGAAUGCCACUCACCAGUUCUGAAUCUGGGAAAGGAUUCAAUCUGACAUCUCAAUUAAGACUAUAAGAUAUGGGAGCAGAAGUAGGCCAUUUGGCCUUUCGAGUCUGUUCCACCAUUCAGUCAUGGGCUGAUCCGAUCAUUCCAGUCAUCCCCACUCCCCUGCCUUCUCCCCAUACCUUUCAGGAAACCAUGCAGGCUUUGGCCUGGCUUGUCAUGUGCCUCCUGGUACUCAGUUAUCUCAUCCAUAACAAUCGAUUCCAGCAACUUCCCAACCACUGAAUUCAGGCUUUCAGGUCUAUAGUUUCUUUUCUGCUGCCUCCUACCUUUCUUAAGUAGCGGAGUAACAUUUGUAAUUUUCCAGUCAUCUGGUACAAUGUCAGAAUCUAUCAAUUCUUGAAAGAUCAUUAGUAAUGCGUAUGCAAUCUGUCCAGCUAUUUCCUUCAGAACCCCAGGGUGCAUUCCAUCAGGUCCAGGAGAUUUAUCCACCCUCAGACCAUUAUGCUUCCUGAGCACCUUCCCAGUUGUAGCUUUCACUGCAUGUACUUCACUGCAUGUACUUCACUUCCCUGACACGCUUGAAUAUCCGCUAUCUCUGUCUCCCAUGACAAUAUUUCCUGCGUCAUUUUCUAUUGGUCCUAUCUAUCCUCUACUCUCUUUUACCCUUUCUAUAUUCAUCUAACUCUUGCUUUGUCUAGUGGAUGAAUAUAGGGGAUGAUAGCCCCUGGCCUGGCCAAACUGAAGACAUCUCGUUUGGGUGGAUGCUGCGUGAUAUGUCCCCAUUACAAAUCAUUAGGAAAUAGCAAAUAGUGCAAAAUAUGUGAUUAAACGAUUGAGCUUUAUAACUUUUAAUUUGACAAUAUGGUAAGUAAAGGAAACAAAAAGAAAAAGGGCCCAUUCUCGUGAAAAUGUCUAUUGCGCAAUGUUGGAGCUCACUGAUAAGCUAUUUGUCCACUAUCAACUUCCUCCGAUCCUCGCUGACCUCCAGACACUCACUCCAAGUCCAUUCCAUCCGAGGUCUACCAACUCUCCAUUCUCUAUCCCAGGCUGGGGGGUUUGCAUUCAGUUGCCUUGCCAACAAGAAAAUUAAUUGUUUGAUAGAAUCUGGUUAACACACUUUGAUAAUAAAUUUACGUUGAACUUGAA